AUGGGUGGUCGUAGUUCGAAAAAACUGUUUACUGAAUGGGAUUUGGUUCAAUUCAGUAAUGUUACUGGUGUUCCUCUAUCGAUGGUCGAAAAAAUCUAUAAAGAUUUUCUUACUGUCACAGGAGACGACAAUAAAAUAGACAAGAAAGAAUUUCGCCGUCUAUUCAAGAAAAUGUACGUAAAUAGUGAACCAAGUAGUCUUCCCAGUGGUCUACCACCAUUAUACACUGAACACGAGUUGAAUAAGAUGUCGGAUCAUGUAUUUGAAACUUAUGAUUAUGAAGAAACAGGAAAGCUGACAUUCGAAGAAUUUGCUGAAGCUUAUCUAAUGCUCACUCAUUAUCCAAGUAUAUCGAUAAAUGGCGUUACAUUUCGUGAUCGAUUUAAUUAUAUUUUGGAUCAAGACAAUUCAACACCUGGUUUUAUCACACGUGAACACGGUGAACGAGUGUUCAAUCGUCUCAAUAGAUAUAAUAAUUGGGUAAAUUCGAAGGCAACAACAUCGACUGACUCGUCGAAGCCAAUGGCUACUAAUUGGGAAUCUCAUUGGAACAAGCUUGAUAAUGGUGGUGGUCUUGUGCCGAAAGAGAAAUUUGUCGACUAUAUCACUACUUCGAAUGAUUAUAAACAUCAUUUCGAUCCUGCCACAAUUUGA